AUGGAACCCACUUUGCCUCACAAACUCCUCCUUUUCGCGCUCGUCGGCUUCCUCGCCAUCACCGCAUCCACCGCGAGAAUCCACUCUGCGAACUUCGAUGCCUAUUACAGCGACCACUGCGGUCACGUGGUCCCUCAACAACCCUCGAUCGCCUCCGAAUCGGCUAGCUCCUACGCCAAAUUCCUCCAAUUCCACGGUGGGUUCUUCUCGGUCAAUGGCCGGAGGGCGGAGUCCGGCCAGGAUUUGCGGAGGACGGUGUCGUUCACUCCCAUGAUGAUGUACAAGACCAAGUCGGAGGACGUGAUCAAUCUGCAAGGGACAUUGGUGUUCGCGGACCCCAAUGUGAAUGCGAUCUUUGAGAAUCCGAAGAACCGGAGAUUGCGCGAAUUUCACGUCCGCGGGCCAAGAAUCCCCGUCAGGCGGGGUACGGUGAAGUUCAGGCUUAAUGGGUACUGGUCUCAAUCUUCAGGUAAGCUUUGCAUGGUUGGAUCUAGCGUGUUUUCUUCGAACCGUAGUUUUGAUGCCGUUUUCAAGCUGAAUUAUCCGCUGAAAUUGAUUAUUAACAGUAGUUUUGUUAGUGGGGUUUUGGAGAGCUUGGGCGGUGGUGAUGGUGCUGGUGGUGUAGAUCAUUUUGGGACUGUUUCUGUACUGGCUUUGAGUAGUAAAAGUGCUGAUUAUCAGUACAGUUUGAUUGAGAAGGAGGGAGGGAACGGGUCUUUUGGUAAAUUUGAUGAUGGUGGUGGAGAUAAUUUGUUUAGUGAGAAACUAGAGCCAGGUAUGUGCUCAGCCUUGAAGCGGAAUUCUGCCUUUGACUUGGAAUACGGGAGUGUUUGUGACGGUGGUUACUGCAAUCCUCUUGGCACAGAUGUCGGGUUCUUACCCAAGGCCAUGCGCUUCACGACGAUUCGAUGUUCGGAUCAGGGUAAGAUGCAAUUGUUAAUGAAGUUUCAAAAUGUCACCAAUGUCUAUUAUGGCUACUAUGCUUUCGAUCCUAGUACUACCCUAAUCGGUGAAGGAGAAUGGAAUUCGAAGGCCAAUCGGUGGUGUGCUGUUGCUUGCCGAAUCUUGAACUUUUCGGUGUCUUUGACUGAUGCUUUUGCGGGAGAUUGCUCGAUAAAGUUGUGCUGGAGAUUCCCUGCCACUUUUUCUGUCAUCAACAGGUAUCCAAUUGUAGGACAAAUGCGGAGCAAUAGAACUGUAAAGGAUUUCGGUUAUUUUGAUAAGAUCAAAUUCUGGGGUUACAAUGAUGCGUUAGCAGGUGUCAAAUACGAGUACGGAGUGAUGGGGAGUGUUAGGAAACCUUGUGAGAUAAAGACUGGGAAGCAUAAGGGAAAGAGAUAUCCAAAUUCGUACUCAUCGGAUAUGAAAUUUGAUCUGUCAAUCAAGAAUAAGAAGGGGCAGAUAGCGCUUGGUUAUUCUUCUCCACUAUUUGUGGGUGAUAAACGUUUCAAUUCACCCUUUCAUCUUUACGACGACAGAUAUGUGCCUAAAGUAAUUCCAACAGAGAAUGCAGUUCAGCUAGACAGCAGCGACAGUCCCUUGCAGAACAUCAGCUACACGAUCCGCUUCACCCCUCCAGUUAUUUUUGAGCUGGGUGGUGAAAAUCUUUCAUCCAAAGCAGUUGAUAUUUUCGCAGAAGGAACAUAUAAUAGAGAAACUGGUCUCUUGUGCAUGAUGGGCUGUCGCUACGUCGCACAAAGUGGGGCGGAAGUGUAUAGGAAUGGCUCUAUGGACUGUGACAUUCAGAUCAAUAUCCAGUUCCAUCCAUUGACUGGGAAAGCAAUGGAGAAGAUCAAGGGGACUAUCGAAAGCACUCGAGUGAGAUCAGAUCCUCUUUACUUUGAUACACUAGAGCUGGCUUCAAGUACAAUAUAUGUUGAACAAGCCAAUGAGUCCAUUUGGAGGAUGGACUUAGAGAUCGUGAUGGUUCUUGUUUCUAAUACUCUUGCAUGUGUUCUUGUGGGCUUACAGCUUUUCCAUGUGAAAAAGCAACCAGAGGUGCUUCCUUUUAUUUCCAUCACAAUGCUGGCUGUUCUUACUCUGGGACAUAUGAUUCCUCUCCUGCUAAACUUUGAAGCACUUGUAACAAACCAUAAUAGGCAGAGCGUUUUUCUCGGGAGUGGUGGGUGGCUUGAAGUCAAUGAAGUAAUUGUAAGGGUGGUUACUAUGGUAGCUUUCCUUUUGGAGCUUUAUCUUCUCCACAUGACUUGGUCCGCAAGACAUGGUCAUGACAGCCCAAAGGGCUUGUGGGUGUCUGAGAAAAAGGUCAUCUUUGUAUCUCUACCGAUGUAUAUCAGUGGUGUGUUGACAGCUUGGUUUGUUCACCAAUGGAGAAAUUCUCACAGAAGUCCUUUUCUAAGGCAAGGUCGUCUCGGUUAUAUGCUGCCUGCGAGUCAGCUUGCAAGGUAUCAGCAAGUUUCUUUUUGGGGGGACCUUAAAUCUUAUGCGGGCUUAAUCCUGGACGGUUUUCUAUUCCCCCAGCUCCUAUUCAACUUAUUCUUCGAUCAUUCUGUGGAAGCAUUAUCUCGUUCUUACUAUAUUGGGACCACCGUAGUCCGUUUAGUACCCCAUGCUUAUGAUCUUUACAGGGCUCACAGUUCUACCUGGAACCUUGAUAUGUCGUAUAUAUACGCAAACCAUAGAAUGGAUUUUUAUUCCACUGCUUGGGACAUCAUCAUUCCUUUCGGUGGUUUGGUGUUUGCUGUUUUCAUCUACCUACAGCAGCGAUUUGGAGGCCGGUGUAUUCUUCCCAAGAGGUUUAGAGCGACUCCUGUAUAUGAGAAAGUGCCCACAGUAGGCACUAUUGAGUUAUGA